AUGAAGGAAGACGGCGGCAUCAAGGACGGGAGCGGAUCGCCCGAUUUCCAGCGAGACCAGCUCGGUGGCGGCUACCCCACGGAGGAGUACGAUGAAUUGGGUGUCGUGUGUCCUCCACAUACCACCGAGAAGAAGCUCAUGGCCAGGAUCGACCUGCAUAUCCUGCCAUUCAUCAGCCUGCUGUACCUCCUCGCCUUUCUGGACAGGGUGAAUAUUGCCAAUGCCAAAUCUUUUGGGCUCACCACCGACCUCUCUCUGGGAGGCGUCGAGUACAACACCAUCCUCACCAUAUUCUUCGUCCCUUACGUCUUCUUCGAGAUCCCCUCCAACAUCCUUCUCAAGAAGCUGUCCCCAAGGAUCUGGCUCUCCAUUUGCGGCAUCGGCUUUGGUCUGGUCAUGAUUUUCCAGGGCCUCACGCAGAACUACUCAGGGAUCCUCGCCACCCGCUUUUUCCUGGGCCUAUUCGAGUGCGGCAUGUUUCCCGGCUGCUUUUACCUGCUCAGCAUGUGGUACAAGCGUGCCGAAGCCCAAAAGCGCUUUACGUUCUUCUUCUGCUCUACAUCCUUGGCUGGUGCUUUUGGCGGGCUGCUGGCCUCUGCUAUCGGGAAGAUGGACGGCCUGCGAGGGUACAGUGGCUGGCGCUGGAUCUUUAUCAUCGAGGGCUCUUUGACGUUUGUCAUUUGUGUCGGGUUCCUCUUUGUCUUUCCCACCUUUCCUGAACAGGCCAAAUGGCUUGACGAGACGGAGAGGUCCUACCUCAAAGCCCGCCUGGAGGCAGACCUAGGUCGAAACGCCGCAGAACGUAAGAUCACGUUCAGCGAUGUCCUGAACACCCUGCGCGACCCAAAGGUCCUCCUGGGCGGUUUCAUGUAUAUGGGCCUGAUAGUCCCGGCAUAUGGAUACGCCUUCUUCAGCCCAGCCAUCAUCGCAACCUACAAGUACGGCGCGAUCGAAACGCAGCUCCAUUCUGUCCCACCAUGGUCAGUGGCCUUCGGCUUUAGUAUGCUCGUCGCCGUCCUCUCGGACCUCAGCCGCCACCGCUUGCUCUUCGUCCUUGCCCCGCUCUGUCUCGCCUUCACCGGCUUCGGCAUCCUCCUCACCGUCCACGAUAACCUACACCUAGAGUACGCCUCGCUCUUUCUUGUCUGUAUGGGUACCUACAGCGCUAUGCCGGUGAUCGUCUGCUGGUACAACAUGAACCUCGGUGGACAUCACCGCCGCGCGGUCGGAUCUGCCUGGCAGAUUGGGUUUGGAAAUAUCGGGGGCAUUAUUGCCACGUAUAGCUUUUUGAGCCGGGACGCGCCCGAGUAUAAGCCUGGGUACAGCAUCUGCAUAGGGUUCAUCUGCCUUUGCGUUGUGAGCUGUUGUCUUUAUGCCGCGCUGAUAACCUGGGAGAACAGGCGGCGGCGGCGGAUGGUGAGGCGGGAAAUUAGUGACUAUGAGAGGACUGAGCUUGGCGAUUUGAACCCGGAGUUCAGGUACAUGCUUUGA